AUGACUUGGAAGAAAGGCGUGAAAGAGAUCACAAAGAGUUUGGGUGUUGCACGCCUCCCAGGAUGGGGUCCCCGUGACCCGCCUGAUGUCACCACGCUGAGUGGAGAUGCAGUGGAGAAUCAGUCCACUUCCAUGUCCCUCGAAGGAAGCACGAGGACUGGGAUACUGACAGGCUGUGCAAUCAUGGACAACGGAAGUCGAAAUGCAGCGGUCGGGUUCGAACCACGGACCUUCCGCCGAUUGCACCUGUGUGAACAUAGCCCUAAAUUCCUGAGACGAAACUUCACUGCUCGAAUAGAUUCCUGUAAACGGUCGACUCUGUGGUGUCUGAAACUCUACUUCGGUGGAAACUCGCACAGACAGAAAUUCUGA